AUGCCUAACUCAACCAGUUCCACUUCCUCCACCAAGAGCAUGAGGAGAGCUGGGUCCGAACUGGAGCGCUCCGACUCCAUCACGAUGCCUAACUCAACCAGUUCCACUUCCUCCACCAAGAGCAUGAGGAGAGCUGGGUCCGAACUGGAGCGCUCCGACUCCAUCACGUCUGCACGGUUUGUAGGCAGAAGGCAGUCUCUGAUCGAAGAUGCAAGGAAGGAACGGGAAGCAGCAGAAGCAGCAGCAGGAGCAGUGGAGACACAUGAACACAUUGUGUUUGAGGAGGAUAAUGGUAAAGCUCUGCUCAAUCUUUUCUUCACCCUCAGAGGAUCUAAAACUCCUGCACUGUCCCGCACACUUAAAGUCUUUGAGACAUUUGAGGCCAAAAUGCACCAUCUUGAAACCAGACAGAGUCGGAAACCUAAAGAUGGCCUGGAUGAUUUAGAAUACUUUGUACGAUGUGAAGUUCAUCUAUCAGAUGUAAAUACACUUGUAAGUUCAUUGAAGAGGAUUGCAGAUGAUGUCAAAACCACUAGAGAGGUGAAAUUUCACUGGUUCCCAAAGAAAAUCACAGAGCUGGAUAAAUGUCACCAUCUUGUGACUAAAUUUGAUCCGGAUUUGGAUCAGGAUCACCCAGGAUUCACUGACCCUGUGUACAUAAAAAGACGGAAGCAGAUUGGUGAUAUUGCCUUCAAAUACAAGUAUGGAGAACCAAUUCCGAGAGUGGAGUACACACAAGAAGAAAUUGAAACUUGGAAGGAGGUGUAUGCUACACUUAGUGAUCUGUACACUACCCAUGCGUGUAAUGAGUAUUUAGAGGCUUUUAGACUGCUGGAGAAACAGUGUGGUUACAGCCCUAAUAGCAUCCCUCAACUAGAGGAGAUCUCUUCCUUUCUGAAAGAAUGUACAGGCUUCCAGCUGAGGCCAGUGGCAGGUCUACUGUCAGCAAGAGACUUUUUGGCCAGCUUGGCGUUUCGCGUGUUCCAGUGUACACAGUACAUCCGCCAUGCUUCUGCACCAAUGCACUCCCCAGAACCGGACUGUGUACAUGAACUGCUUGGUCAUGUCCCUAUGCUGGCUGAUAAGACAUUUGCUCAAUUUUCCCAGAACAUUGGUCUUGCCUCGCUUGGUGCCUCAGAAGAAGACAUUGAGAAACUGUCAACACUUUAUUGGUUCACAGUGGAGUUUGGACUCUGUAAGCAGGGAGACACAGUGAAAGCUUAUGGAGCAGGGCUUCUUUCCUCAUAUGGCGAGCUAAUACAUGCUCUUUCCGAGGACACAGAGAGGCGAGAGUUUGACCCAGAGACAGCAGCUGUGCAGCCAUACCAAGAUCAGAAUUAUCAGUCUGUCUAUUUUGUGUCUGAGAGCUUCUCUGAUGCUAAAGAGAAACUCAGGACAUAUUCUAUGGGUAUCAAGAGGCCAUUUUCGGUUCGGUUUGACCCAUACACAAACAGCAUAGAAGUCCUUGACAACCCAGUGAAGAUAAAAGGAGGACUGGAGUCACUGAGGGAUGAACUUAAACUCCUCACAGAUGCCUUGAAUGUGUUGGCCUGAGUUUACAACAGCCUGCCUGCCACCUGCAGUUCCUGAACCUCAGUGCUUAUUUGUGCAAUUUCUUUAAGUCAUGUUUACUGUACUUUUCUGUACUACUCCAUGCUCAUUGGCAACCACAAGACCUUAUGUUGUUAUUUGUUUCCAAAGAUUAUACUUGAUCACUUGAUUAAAUAUUUUUAUAUUCAAAAGUAAAUAAUAUAAUUUAAAAAUGAUUAUCAAACAUUAAAUUAUUGAUAGAUAAAGAAGAAUGAUUAUAUGAACAGUUGUAAUAAUAAAUAAUGAAUGUUUAAAUUCAUUAGGUAAUCUGUGUAAGUGUUAUAAAUGUAAAGUGCACUGUGUUUUUGAAAUUGAUAAAUAACUGUAAAGGCAAUGGAUCCUGUUGAACCUGUUACAGUGCCAUAAGUGGUGAUGCUUAGGCUUUUAGUUGCAGGUGAAUGUUAAAAGUGAUGUGAUUCUGGCAUCGUGGUGAUGAUGUAAACACAUUAUUUCUGUCAUGCUUGCUUGAGAUAAUAAAGUUGCUGCGAUUAAAUCAUUUCUGAAUUUAACAUGAUGAAAAACUAACUAACAAAUUAAAACGAGUGACCAGUA